AUGGAAGUGGUGGCUUCGAUUGUUGCCGAAGCAGUGGUAGCAAUUGGCCGGCUUUUCUCUGGUUCUAUCUAUUCUAUGAUCGUGGACACUGUCAAAUACCAAUCAAACCUUGAUGCUCUGGACAAGGAGAUGAAACCACUUAUGGCUCUCAGAGAUGAUGUAAAAAAUGAAACCGAAUUAGCUGAGAUUGAAGGAAAAGUGCCAAGGACUCGAGUCAUAGAGUGGCUUAAGGAGGUUGAUGAGCUUCUGCUUAAAGUCGAUCAGAUUCAAGCAGUAAAGCUUUCUCGACUUCCCUUAAAUUGCAGUAAGGGGUAUAGAAUAAGCAGGGAAGCGGCAGAAAACCUCAGAGAGAUACAAAGGCUUCUAAAAGCUGGAAGUUUCCACACUGGUAGUGUGUCUGUCAGUUAUUCAGCACCCAGUGCAGUAGAGCAUAUUCCAGGACAUUCAAUUCAAGAUCAAACAACAGCAUCAACAACUUUAUCCCAAACUAUGACGCUAUUGUCUGACCCUACAGUAUUAAGGAUUGGUAUUUGGGGAAUGGGAGGUGUAGGCAAGACUACUCUGAUAAGAAACUUGAACAAUAAGCUCAAAGGUACUUCUUCAAUCCUGCCUUUCAGCAUUGUCAUCUGGGCUACUGUUUCCAAGAAUUUUGACAUGAAAAAAGUCCAAAUACAAAUAGCCGAGAGAUUGAACUUGAAAGCAAAGAAGGAAGAAAGUACGGAGAGAUUGUCUAUUCUACUUUAUGAAAGACUUGAGAAGGAGAAAAAUUUUCUGCUGAUUCUAGAUGACAUUUGGGCGAAAAUUGAUUUGCAUAGGUUGGGCAUCCCGGAGCCUGGGGUUGAAAAGGGUUCUAAGAUCAUAUUAACAACUCGAUCUCUAGAUAUCUGUAGGUACAUGAUGACUGAUGUUGAAGUUAAAGUGAAUGGUUUAAAUGAUGAAGAAGCUUGGCAAUUAUUCAGUCGAUAUACGGGGAGUGUGGUUAGUUCAGAACAUGUUAGACCCUUCGCAGAAGCAAUUGCUAGAGAAUGCUGUGGAUUGCCAUUGGCUAUAACCAUCGUGGGAGCUGCUAUGAGAGGAAAGACAAUGGUGCGGCUGUGGGAGGAUGCCUUAAAUGAGUUGCAAAGAUCAAGGCCUAAUAUAGGAGGCGUUGAGGAUGAGGUCUAUAAGCCUUUGAAGUGGAGUUACGACUCACUACAAGGUAAAAGAAUAAAAAGUUGUUUCCUGUAUUGUUCUUUGUUUCCCGAGGACUUCGCUAUUGGAAAAAGUGAACUAGUAAAGUGCUGGCUGGCGGAAGGUUUGCUAGAUGAACAAGAGAACUACGAGGCUUCACUCAAUAGAGGAAUUGCCAUGAUUGAAAGUCUGAAAGACUCUUGUUUGUUGGAAGAGGGUAUCCGUGAGUGCACUGUGAAGAUGCAUGACAUAGUUCGUGAUGUUGCCAUAUGGAUUGCAUCCUCAUCUGAGGAUGAGUGUAAAUCCCUUGUCCGUUCAGGUAUGGGCUUGACUGAGAUUUCAGCCGUUGAGUUAUUAAAUUCUCUAAGAAGAGUUUCUUUCAUGAAUAACAAGAUAAAAAUGCUACCUGAUCGUGUGAUACAAUGCUCAGAGGCCACGACUUUGCUACUGCAAGGUAAUAGUCACCUUGACGGAAUUCCAGAGAGAUUCCUGCAAGGAUUUGGAGCACUCAGAGUCCUGAAUCUGAGUAGGACAAACAUCCAUUCAUUGCCUCUUUCUUUGCUUCAACUUGAUGACCUUCGUGCUCUCCUUUUAAAGGACUGCCUCUAUCUUGAAGAACUACCCUCGCUGGAGAGGCUUAGUAGACUUGAAGUGCUAGAUCUCUCUGCCACUCCUAUCAAAGAAUUGCCAAGAGGGAUGGAAAACUUGAGCAACUUAAGGCAACUGAUCUUAUCCCGCACUCGACACCUAAAAACCAUUCAAACUGGAAUUAUAUCAAGGUUGUCUUGUUUAGAGUACCUGGAUAUGACACACAGUGGUUACCAGUUGAGGGUGAAGAGGGAAGUAGAAGAGAAACAGACAUCUUUUGAAGAGCUCCUAUGCCUUGAGAGGCUACUUGUCUUAUUCAUCCAUUUGGAGAGGAUCCCAUGUCUGAGCUCUGAACCUCUUUCCUCGGUAUAUAGAUUAACCAGAUUCCAGUUUUUAAUUGGUCCACAUGCGCACCACUUGAAAGGUAGGCAUGCACAUGACAAAAGAACAGUAACUGUAAGGGCUCUUGAUCUUUCUGCAGAACCGAUUUGGUGCUUGUUGAGUAUUGCCAGCUCUCUACUCUUGAAUCAUUGUUGGGGACUGAAUGAGAUGCUAGAAAACUUGGUCAUUAACAGCGUUGGCAGCUUCGCUGGUUUAAAAUCUCUUACCAUCAGACGAUCUGAUUGCAGUUUUCGGCCAGGAAGAGGAUGUGCGGGUACGACUCUCUGUGACCUCCUACCAAAUUUGGAGGAACUUCAUCUCGAAUACCUGUCAUGCAUAGAAAGCAUUUCAGAACUAGUUUCCCACCUGGGGCUGAGAUUUCUGAGACUAAAAUCAAUAGUAGUGGCCAAUUGUCCUAAACUGAAGAAUCUUCUCUCAUGUGGUUUCUUCAUUCAUGACCUGCCAAACCUAGAUGUAAUCAAGGUGAGCUUCUGUGACGAGUUAGACGAACUCUUUAAUUGUCUUCCUUUGCAGAAUAUGGAUCUAUGUCCUGUUGUUCCAAAUCUACGGGUACUGAAAUUGAAGGACGUUCCCAAAUUAAGGGCUGUUUGCAGAGACGAAGAGACAUGGCCAUGUCUAGAGCAGGUAGAUGUGAUCGAUUGCAGUCUUCUCAGGAAGUUGCCUCUUACAAACCGAAAUGCAGAAAACAUGAAGAAAAUAAGAGGAGAAUCACAAUGGUGGAACGCAUUGGAGUGGGAUGCUGACAUAACCAAAUCAAACCUGCAGCCUUAUUUUCAUCCAGCCGAGGCCUCUAGGAGCCGUAAGGAGUGGGAGUGA